UGCGCCUGUGUCUCAACGUUCUGAGCGAAGCGACUGGUUACAAAAGCCUAGAGGGGUCUGGACUCUGGAGAAGGAGCCGGAGAGGGGCGCUCUCUUCCGGGAAGAAAGGAGGAGGAGAGCGAGAACAAGGGAAGCAGGGUUCCAAAGGGGGCUUGGACUACAGCUCCCAUCAUGCCCAGCUGGAGGUGAAGGUGGUGGAGAAGCCGGACUCAGCCGCAAGCCACUUGGCAAAACUCUUACUCAGCGGUGCCAGUCCUCCUUUGCCAACCUGGAGGGGCACAUUGUCAGCCCAUGGCCCGCCACAGCAAACUCCAGAAACAGGUGCUGGCGCUGUACCGAAGCUUCCUCCGGGCCAGCAAGGACAAGCCGGGGUUCCUGCCUCAGAUCCGAGCCGAGUUCCGGAAGAGCGCCCAGAUCCCCCGGGCGAACGUCAUGCUCAUCGAAUACCUGGUCCGCCGGGGGCAGAGGCAGCUGGAGCAGCUCCGAAACGCUCACACCAAGCAGAUGGGGGCCUUUGUCAAAAGGCAAGAGGACCAGCGGUGACCCUGGAGACUCCCCUUGAAAGGAAGCAACACUCAUCCAGACUUGUACAGGGUUAAUCCUUUCUUCUGGGUGCUGAGUUUUAGGAUGUGUCAGGCAUCAGCAGAACCAACUGGACUAAACAUGGAUGUCUCUUUCAAACGGAGACAUCCCUUGAAGCUGAUUCCCCACAGUCUGCAAAACUAUGGCUGCCGCUGGAGAGCGAUCCUUUGGUUCACCUUGUUGCUCAGUUUAUUUAAUCCUUCCUUUACGUGAACCAAGAGCAAACCUUUUCUACAGAUACACAAAGCUGUUUCAGACUAGUUGCACUCUUGAGUAACUACACAUAGUGUCACUCUUGUUUUGCCUCUGCAGCUGAUUUAGGCCUGGUGUGCAUUGGCUGAGUUGUGUCUGUUUAGCACCCCUUUGUUGGAAGGGACAAGAAUUAAACUGCCAAAGAAAGGGUGUUUCUUUGUGCUUGUGUGCACAUGUGUGUCACAUAUAUUCAUUUGCUGAUGCUUUCAGAUUUAUAGUUUACAGUGAUUCCCAAACUCUAGUCUUCCAAGGGUUUUGGACUUCAGCUCCCAGAAUCCCAGGUCAUUGGCCAAGAUGGCCGAGGCUUCUGGGAGCUGAAGUUCCAAAACACCUGGAGCACCAGAGUUUGCGAAUCACUAGAACAAGGAAAGGUUAGUUGCCUUGUCACUGCAUGGAUGGUUUCUGUGCCACCAGAGCAAUGAGGAUCCCAGGGUCCGCAUGAAAGUUUGAUAUCAAAAAUGCACCAAACACUGAUACAACAUAUUGGUUGGCACAAUAAAAGUAUCACUAUAGUUUUUUGUGGGGUUUUCAGGCUCUGUGGCCAUGUUCCAGAAGAGUUUCUUCCUGAUGUUUUGCCACCAUCUGUGGCUGGUAUCUUCUCUGAACAUGAAAGCAAUUUUAAUAAGACCCUUCCUCCGUAUACAGAAUAUAAGAGGCACUGUACGUCUUGGAAGAAGAACGGCACUGUAGAGAAAUGUUUUCUAAGUGUCAUUCAAGGACUACUGUUGGUUACAGCUGCUGAAAUAAAAUUGCCCUCUACAAAA